UUAAAAAGUGCCCUUUGAGCGGAACAAAAUCAAUUAAUCAAGAGGAAAUCCCAACCUUGUCGGGCCUUAUACCCGCUUAAUCCAAAUGUCAACAUGUAUAUUGUGGCUGUAUUUGAAGAAAAAAAAACCGAGAGAUAACUUGAACCUGUCAACUCGGACAUGGGCGCCAAUUCGAUAAUGACUGUAAACACAAUCGUGAAGCAUGAUUCGGGUCGUGUUUUUCGUGUCUGUCAGCGUUUUGGCAACCCAUACCUUGGGGUGUGACCCUCCCAAAAUUGAAAAUGGAAGAAUCGAGUGCAAUAGUGACGAAGACACUUGUUUGGUGACUUGCGAUUUUGCUUACAUCACCUCGGAUAAGAUCGAGUUCUAUUGCGACGACCCGGGUCUGAAAGCGGUCCAAUGUGUUAGACCCAUGACCAUUCUCAUCGGAGGAGAGAGUGCUUUAUUUGAUGCCUUGGACGAUGUGGAGCUGAUCAGCACCAAAGCGCAACUCCGUGAUCGUAAAAUUGCGAUGUUCCCUUAUGGUAUUGUAGCUCCCAUGGUGUUUUGGACGGAUGGCGUUCUCAUGGCUUGUGGGGGUCGGCGACCAGAGGGACGUGCCAAAUCUUAUGAAAAGAGUUGUUGGAUCUAUGAGCCCUGCGAAAAUGAGUGGAAGCAAACCAUUGCACUCACUCAACCUCGAAGCAAUGGCGUGGGCGUGGUGGAUUUCCGAGGCAAACCAUUGGUUUACGGAGGCAUGAAUGAGAAUGAGACGACUAUGACCUCUGAGUUAUGGAACACCACUUCCCCGGAAAUCUAUUGGAUCCAAGGACCGGUUUUAGAAGAGCGAAAAAUGGGCCAUUGCGGCUUAAGCGCCAAAGGUGGUCAAAAGGCUCUCCUCACUGGGGGUUAUCCUACUUAUUUGAGCCAAGAAACGUUCGAUAUGUCCUCCGAAGCUCAUGAUUACGUGUUGAAUUUGAUCCAUAAACGGUGGUAUCAUGCUUGUGGGAGCUAUCAUGGCCUCUUGGGCGAACAUUUCAUCGUCGCAGGUGGAUUGAACGAGCAUUUAUUGGCUAUUGAUACGGUGGAGAUUUGGAACCCAUUGCUCCAUUAUUGGACUGAAGGACCGUCCCUUCCCGAGUCACGAUCCUGCGGGGGAAUGACCAUCUUGGAUGGGUUUCCCACUAUCCUCGCCGGGAAAUCCUUCUUACCCCAAACUUCGGCCAUGCGGUUGAACGUCUUGGAGGAUAUGUGGGACUACUGGGACUUCGAGUUGAAAACGGGCCGCAACUAUCCGGGAUUGGCGUCCAUUCCGGAGACUCUCUUUGACCGGUGCCUCACUUAAGCUUUUUUACAUUCGUUGGCUACUAAAAUUCACUUUAUCUAUUACUAUUCGUCAACACACUUAAAAACAUUGGAUCAGGGAAUUUCAAAUCUAUUCUAGAUUGAAUGUAUCAUUAACAUCAUUUCAUUUCUGUGUGAACCUUGUAAGGAAAUAUGAUUUUGAAUUGAGGAUAAUCGAGUAAUCGUACUUCCAACAGAAAAGUCAUAUUCUAUCGCUUGUCAAUAUCAAUUUACAAUAGCUAUACAACUUUUAGAAGCCUGCAUAAAACAAGUUUAAUUUUCA